UGUGAUGGUAAAGAGAGGAGCUGAAGACAUCUUCUCAGAAAAAAUCUGCAGAGCGGAAUAGUGGCCGGGAGAUGUCAUCAUGGUGGUCUGAACCAGAUGGAGAAGAACUCAGGAGGAGACGUCACCUCAUCCACACUGGAGAGACUAAGAAUGAAUUCUGCACAGGGCGAUCCGCCCAAUUCCCUUGGAAAGUUAGCAGUGGAAGCGAGAAGAGGCUCUUCCUUUCGACUGGACCUGUCCAUGGUGCUGACAUAGGAGGUUACCUGGGAUUUGCAUUGCUUCCCAUGGUCUGAGGGACUCCAGCAUACAGUCCAGUAUUCUGCUGCUGAAAGUCUUACCGUUUAUGCUAUGAUAAUAAAUGCUAUUUUUGCAAUGCUGGGAAUUUCUACCUUGGAAGUCAGUUUUGGUCUGUGGUGAAAUGCAAUACCUUCUUCAUAAAACAUCCAUCGCUGCGGCUGAGAAUUCGCAAUUUAUGGAGGCGAUGCUUAUGUAAAAUGGAUUUUUAAGCCGCCAGAGGACUAAAUGCUGCUAUGUACCAACCAUGACGCUGCCUUCACUUACAGAUUAGGUUUGGAAUCUUUUUGCAUCCUGGGAUCUACUCUAGCACUAUGAGAAGUCGCCAUUCUUUGCAUUGUACCAUUUAACUAGAGGACAAGCAACACACCUGAAGCAAUAAUGGAUACUAUAAAACAAAGGGUCCUAGUACCUGGGAAAGAAGGGCUGAAGAAUUUUGCAGGCAAAUCCCUGGGUCAUCUACACAGGGUUUUAGAGAAAAAACCUAAAAACAAUGAAAACAUUGAAUUGACUGAAGAUGGAAAACCGCAGCAAGUGUCAGAGAAAAAACCUCCUAUAUGUGACUGCACCUGUUUUGGGCUACCCCGGAGAUACAUCAUUGCCAUCAUGAGUGGGCUGGGGUUCUGCAUUUCUUUUGGGAUUCGUUGCAAUCUGGGAGUGGCCAUAGUGGAUAUGGUAAAUAACAGCACCAUUCAUCUAAAUGGAAAAAUUAUCAAAGAGGAAGCAAAAUUUAAUUGGAAUCCUGAGAUUGUUGGAAUGAUCCAUGGCUCGUUCUUUUGGGGUUACAUAGUAACACAAAUCCCUGGAGGAUACAUAGCUUCAAGACUGGCUGCUAACAGGGUGUUUGGGGCGGCCAUAGUGCUCACCUCCACUUUGAACAUGCUUAUUCCAUCCGCGGCCAGAGUGCAUUAUGGGUGUGUGAUCUUCGUAAGGAUUCUUCAAGGGCUUGUGGAGGGUGUCACCUACCCCGCCUGUCAUGGAAUAUGGAGUAAGUGGGCCCCUCCGCUAGAAAGAAGUCGCCUGGCGACCACCUCUUUUUGUGGGUCCUAUGCAGGAGCGGUGAUCGCCAUGCCUCUAGCUGGGAUCUUAGUGCAAUAUACAGGAUGGUCGUCCGUGUUCUAUGUAUAUGGUUGCUUUGGUUUAGUUUGGUACCUCUUCUGGAUCUUGGUGUCCUACGAGAGCCCGGCUAAGCACCCAACCAUCACAGACGAGGAGCGCACAUAUAUUGAAGAGAGCAUUGGCGAGAGUGCCAACCUUAUGGUUGGACUUGAAAAAUUCAAGACUCCUUGGAGAAAAUUCUUUACCUCGAUGCCUGUCUAUGCAAUCAUAGUUGCAAAUUUCUGCCGGAGCUGGACGUUUUACCUUCUGCUCAUCAGCCAGCCGGCGUAUUUUGAAGAGGUGUUUGGAUUUGAGAUUAGCAAGGUUGGAAUGCUGUCUGCGGUGCCACAUCUAGUCAUGACGAUCAUCGUGCCUAUCGGGGGACAAAUUGCUGACUUUCUACGAAGUAAAAAUAUUCUCUCUACCACAACUGUUCGGAAGAUUAUGAACUGUGGAGGUUUUGGAAUGGAAGCUACCCUCCUUCUGGUGGUGGGCUACUCACACAGUAAAGGGAUGGCCAUAUCCUUCCUUGUCCUUGCUGUAGGUUUUAGUGGAUUUGCCAUUUCUGGUUUCAAUGUUAAUCAUCUCGACAUCGCUCCUCGUUACGCCAGUAUUCUGAUGGGAAUUUCUAACGGCGUGGGCACCCUGUCUGGCAUGGUGUGCCCAUUGAUCGUCGGAGCGAUGACUAAGAACAAAUCACGCGAAGAAUGGCAGUACGUCUUCCUGAUAGCCGCUCUUGUCCAUUAUGGUGGAGUUAUAUUCUACGGUAUUUUUGCUUCUGGUGAGAAACAACCAUGGGCAGACCCUGAGCAGACCAGUGAUGAGAAGUGUGGCUUCAUCCAUGAAGAUGAACUAGCGGAAGAAUCCGGGGACAUAAGCCAGAAUUACAUAAAUUACAACAACACAAAGUCCUACGGUGCCACCACGCAGGUGAACAGCGGCUGGCCCAGUGGUUGGGAAAAGAGAGAAGAGUUUGUACAAGAAGAAGGACAAGAGUCAUAUCAUGACGCAAAUUACACUCCUUAACAAUCCCCGCCGUAGAUAGUUAUUUUUCAUAGUGUCUGUGAUAAAAAUUCAUUGUGGUGUUUGCACAAAGUUUUGGUCUGGAUCAUGUAUAGCGCAGAACCCAUACACCAAGAGCAGAUCAUCCGGUGCCGAGCAACAAUUUGUAUCGUUUGACUGAUAAUUCACCAGACUUGAAACCUCCAUCCUUGAAACCAUCCAUGACUGGACCAUGGCUACCAUAACCCUCUAGAUGCAGUAUCUUCGCUAGUCGUUCAAAGCACAGUUAGACAUAGCACAUCUGAAACUUUGACCGAGUCCAUUGCAUUUCAAGAUCGAACA